GUAAAAGCAGAAGAUCCAGACCUGAAUAACAUCUUUGCCUCUUUAGGACCCUGUAUCCCUGCUCUCUCAUAGGGAAAGCCACUGGAGUCCCUCCUGGUCCCAGUGAGUGUGGCGUCUUGCUUCGGAAUGUCCUAGAGCUACUUUCCUUCUGAGGCAGAGGUGUGGGAGCACUCCCAGGUUUGUUCUACAAAACAUGUCUGAGAGAAAAAAAGGAAAGUUUGUUCUGCCCUACAAUAACUACUGGACAGGCGGAGAUGAAGAAUAUGAUGAUGAUUAUAGCUCAUCUCAAAGAAGAAAAGGUUUGAGUUCCUUCCAAGAUAAUUAUUGGAAGAAAAACCUUGGUCAAUAUUAUCAUGAUGAAUAUGAAUCUAAUCCUUCACAACUUAAGGAGAAUAGAAAGAAGAAACGGAAGAAUAGCCACAGGAACUUCCGCGUAAGAUACAAACCCUACACCGUCAGAAACAAGAGGAGAGUGAGAUGGCAAUGCGAAGGCAAUAUCAGUGUUACUGUGUGGGCAGAUAAAAAAUCUCCAGAAAUUGGAACAGGAGAUAAUUCACAAAAUGAAAGCCUGGGGAAAUGGUUCAAGAUCACAAUUCCCUAUGGGAGAAAGUAUGACAAGAUGUGGCUCAUCACCACCAUCCAAAGCCAUUGCAGUGUGUCCUUUACUCCAGUGGAUUUUCACUAUGUGAAGAGCCGGGCUAGGUUUUUCACCCAGGAUCCUCGUGUUGCCUGUGCAUUGAGGGAUGUCAGCUGUAAGAUUCUUGAUGAGGAGAACCGAAAGAUUUGUAUCUUUGUCAGUCAAUCUUUUGAGCCCUUCUCUGUGCGGAAUAAAUUGAAGCCAGAAGAAAUGGAGCAGCUAGAGCUGACCAUGAUAAAAAGGUACGACGAUUCCCAGAAAUCUCUUGAUCUCCAAAAGCUCCGCUAUGACCCAGACUUGGUGAACCAUGCUAUUGAUAUAGUCCUGAAUCGAAGAAACUGCAUGUUUGCUGUCCUGCAGAUCAUAGAAAGGAGUUUCCCUGAGCUGUUAUCUUUGAACUUGCGCAACAACAAACUGCACCAGCUUGAUGGCUUGUCUGAUAUUACACAGAAGGUCACUACAAUCAAAAUCCUGGACCUCUCCAAAAAUGAACUGAAGUCGAUGUGGGAGCUGAGCAAGAUCAAAACACUGAAUCUUGAAGAGUUGUGCCUGAAAGGGAACCCCCUGUGUGAAACCUUUCCAGACAGUUCCUCCUACAUAAGUGCUAUCCAGGAUUAUUUUCCCACAUUAUUGUGUCUGGAUGGCCUGAAGUUAUGCCAGCCAGUUAAUGACAAUGUUUCCCUCCCGAUGAACCUUUGCAAGGAAAAGAAAGACUCACACUCACUGAAGAAUAUGAUUAUGCAUUUCCUUAAGCAGUAUUACUGGAUCUAUGAUUGUGGAGACCGGCGGGGUCUCCUGGAUGCUUACCAUGAUGAUGCCUGCUUCUCUCUGUCUAUUCCCUUCAACGAUGAAGAUCCAUCUUCAAGCCACUUGUGUGAGUAUUUAAAGGACAAUAAGAAUAUGAAGAUACUCAAGGAUCCUGAUCUGCGGGCACAGCUGCUAAAGCAUACAAAGCAUGACAUUGUGCGUUUCCUCUGCGUAUUGCCUCAGACACAGCAUGACAUCGAUAGCAUUAUGAUAGACAUGUGGAUGCAGUCGGGAACCAUGAUCUGCUUUUCUGUCCAUGGGGUGUUCAGAGAAGUGGACAAAAACUAUCAGGAUUCUCUUUGUACCUUUACCCGGACCUUCAUCACUGUCCCUGCCAGAAAUCCCAGCCUGUGCAUCAUGAAUGAUGAAUUUUUUGUGAGGAUCUCCACUCCGAGUUUGCUCAAGAGUGCAUUUUCUAUCCGACUGUACACACUUUCCUCCAGUUCUGUGCCCAUUUUAUCCAAGGACCAGAAGGAUAUGAUUCGCACAUUCUCUAUCCACUCUGGGAUGAACGUUCAGUCGUCUCAUAAGUGCCUUGAGGACAACAAUUGGAACUACAGAAUAGCUUUUCAGAACUUCAUUAGGAUGAAGAAUGAAGGAAAGAUCCCAGAAGAGGCCUUUCAAGAAACUCCCUAACGGGAGCCUUUGGAUGUUAUUUUUAUCUACAGCAUAUAUGAUUUAUUUUCUCCAGCUUUUGCUCAAAUCCAUGCCUGGGGUUGAAGGUCUGACUGACCAAGAAGCCUGAGUUAUUUUAUAAGCCAAGUAGCAUAACAGCUGAAAUAAUGCUUUUUUCUCUGUAUUUUUCCCCAAACAUGUUUACGUUUUAUUUUCAAAAUAAAGA